AUGUCUACCUCCAAGCGCAUCGAGAUCACCGAGCAAGACGAAGCAGGCAUAGUGACAUCGACAUACAUUGCCUCGGGCGACUCACGCGUGGAUAUCAUCCUCCACCAAGAGACAAAGGGCUACACGCAGCAGAUUCUCGAUGUUUUCCUGCCGGCGGGGUAUCCGCAGAGCGUGACGGAGGAUUAUAUACAAUAUCAAAUCUACGAUUCGCUACAAGCUUUCUCGUCGUCGAUAGCGGGCCUGCUGGCCUCGAGAGCCGUGCUAGAAGGCGUCGGCGUCGGCGACUCAACCGCCUCUCCCACUUCGGCGCUGCUGCUCUCCAUCCUGCAAGAAUCCAUGGGCCGGCUCGCAACCAUCCUCUUCGCGCACCGACUCGGCACGUCGCUGGAACCAGAGUGCAAAAUGUACCGCCUAGCAGCCGACGUCUUCAUCGACACAGCCAUGAUCCUCAACUACCUGUCCCCCGCGCUCCCCAAGCCUGCCCGCGUCGCGGUGCUGAGCUUCUCGAGCUGCCUGCGGGCUCUCUGCGGCGUGUGCGCCGGGAGCGCCAAAGCGAGUCUGAGCGCUCAUUUCGCAAAGAGAGGGAAUCUAGGUGAACUGAAUGCAAAGGACAGUAGCCAGGAGACUAUCAUCUCGCUGCUGGGGAUGCUGGCGGGGAGUCUGGUGGUUAGCUGGGUGCAUUCGCCGCUGGCGACGUGGGCUACGCUGAUGGGGCUGUUGGCCGUGCAUCUGGGGACCAACUACGCUGCCGUGAAAGCUGUGCGGAUGACGAGGCUGAAUCGGCAGCGGGCGAACAUCUUGUUCGGCACCAUCCUGCAGCAUGGCAAGGUGCUGAGCCCAAGAGAGGUGUCGGAGAGGGAGAGGGUGUUUGAAAGGGAUGGAGUGCUUCGUUGGGCCGAUGACGGCAUCGCAGGCUAUUGCAGGAUAGGCGUCAGUCUGCAAGUGCUGCUGAGCCGCUUAGGCACCCCUCACGAGCGCACCGGGUCCACGACGUUGGAGACCGUCAAGUUGCCCGAGCUGCUGCAAGUCUACGCCGCAGAAGCUUACCUCGUGUGGUACUCUGAGCUCCACUCGGAGGCGCUCAUCGUGCUAAAGAAAGAGUGCACGGCGGUCGAUCAACUCAGAGCUUGGACACAGGCACUGUUGCUCGCUCAGCGGCGCAGACCUGGCUCGAACAGCUUGGACGCAUCUGCGUCGGGGCGGCUGACGGAGCUCAGACACACCUUGGCCGAGACACAGAAACUGUUUGGGCAGUACGUCGAGCUGCUUCAAGACAAAGGCUGGGACCUGAGUGUGGCUGCUCUGGAGACACGGGCUGGAGUGCGAGCGGUGAUGGAAACGAAAGAAGACGAAUGA